AUGCCACUCAGCGACGCUGACCAGCGACAAUAUCCCGCAUACGAGCCACUACAUAAUGAGUGCGAUGACCCCGAUAUAUUAUCGAGUAUUACUGAUGCCGAGACGAGGCAAGAUCUUGAAGGGCACGAAGAUGUGGGGUUACAUGCUGUAUCGCCUUCGAACACGCCAGAUGAGAAUGGUGAGUCAAACUCCGAUACGACCUCGCACUCCCCGACGUUAGGAGAGCCUUCCAACUACAAAGACGAGAAGCCGAAUGGCCCUGAAACAGUCUCAGUCAGGCGCUAUACAUCUAGCUGGUUUUACUGGGAACUUACAGGCAUCAUUGUUUCAGCGGCUCUCCUAGCUGCGAUAAUCAUCAUACUGAAGGUUUACGAUCAUCAACCUCAACCGAAAUGGUGGCACAUCUCCCUAAAUUCGCUCAAGUGGGAUUGGUUUGCUCAGCAGGAGCAACCUUUGUCACAUCUGCAGUCUUUUGACUCAGCCAGCCGGGGUGCUUUGGGGAGUCUAACAUUGAUAUGGGCCUUGCGUGUCCAGCGUUUCGCAGGGGUUGGUGCUUUGGCCAUGGUUCUCGCCUUGGGUUUUGAUCCCCUUUCGCAACUCCUAAUACAUACCUAUGACAAGCUAGUUGUAGACCCAUCAGGGACUGCACUGAUCGGUAAUGCUACCGUAUACGACACCAUAGGGCAAUUAGCGUAUGAUAAGGGAACAUCAGUUGCAUACGUCGACCCUGUUCUGAAGGGAAAUGUCUACAAUUCGCUCUUCAACACGGAUCCAACCCGGCCGUGGGCCAUUCCGCAAUACUCCUGCUCCUUAACCAACUGUACCUGGGAUGCGAUCGCUUCGCUCGAGAUGCGGUCUCUUUGCAGCAACAUCACUAGUGCACUAAUAACCAACUGUUCUACCUUUUCCAAUGAAUCAGUAUACGCGGAAAAGAGCAACUGCAAUGUCACGCUACCAAAAGGCGGGCUCUCGGCCUCGUAUACGCCAGCCCCUCGGGCCAAUCUGGAGCUGCUCGACGAUAAACGCUGGUCGAAUAGCACGCAGUGGGAAGCCACCGAGUGUUCCCUGGAGCCCAUCGUGCGCAGCUUUCGUCCUAAAAUCUUCCAUAACCACUACAGUGAUAAGACGCAGGCGAUCUGGAUUCAGCAUAAUAUGACUACAACGUACAAUGUGCAUCAUGGUGAUGCCAGAAAAUCGAUAUUUUACUUCCUAACCGCCAUCUUCUCGGGUCAGGCGACGAGGUCCGCGACGGGAAUAUUUUUCGACCCGCUGGAUUCUAGCUGGUAUGCUGCUUCCGACACGCUCCAGGCGCUGGCCGUGGCAAAUAUUAGUGGGUGCAGCGAGAUUCUUUCCGAACGGCUGUCCUGCGCGAUGGAUAAUGUGGCUGCUGCCAUGUCAAAAACCUUCCGGGAUGCGGCUUACGUUGCUGAUCCCGCAUCGGCCGCCAUGACGACGGGGAGUGCAAAAGUCAGUGAAGUCUAUAUUGUCGUGUACUGGGCCUAUCUGGCCUUACCAGUCCUUGUCUGGACUUUGGGGGCCAUCUUGGUGUCGGAUACAAGAGUUUGGCUUCAAACCCUCUCCAAAAUAGCCCCUGCCCGUCACAGCAGCUAUGUUCGUUUCGCCCCCAAUAAGAAAUCCCCCGAUAAUGCUCCCCGCGUGCUAUUCCCCAUCCAAAGAAAGGCCAAAAAUCGGUUAGCAGAAUUGGCGGCUGCGUUUCUCUGCCUGCCUGUUGCAUCGGUCACGAAUAUCGUCCACGAUGAUGACUUACGGGGCAUCUAG